GGCUACGUGCCGCACGAGCACCCCGGGAACCAUCUCGCACCAAGAUACGAGGAGCAAGACGAGGAAAAUUAAUGCCUCCCCUCACACGUUACAGGCUCAUCCACUUGAUCUCGUAGCGUCUGCCGCGCAAUGAACUUUGCUAUCCAGACCACUUCAAGGUGUGAUUGCAGGAGAGCUAUCCAUGUUUACAAAAUGGCUCCGAAGAACACCACCCCGCUGUUAGUUAAGCUGCGAGCCUUGAUGAAGAACACUGCUCAUGUCCCCCAGCCUCUCCAUGCAUAUAUUGUUCCUUCAGGGGAUGCUCACCAGAGUGAAUACAUCGCCCCAUGUGAUCAGCGUCGAGCCUUUAUUAGUGGCUUCACUGGGUCAGCUGGAACAGCUGUCAUCACCUUGAAGGAUGCUGCUCUCUGGACUGAUGGUCGUUACUACCUCCAGGCCAGCCAGGAGAUGGAUAACAAUUGGACUUUAAUGAAGCAAGGCUUACCCAAAACUCCAAGUGAAGCCAAGUGGUUGAACAAGACUUUGGAUGUUGGUUCUGUGAUUGGAGUUGACCCUUACUUGCUAGAGGCUGAUGCCUGGCGUGACUUGGCCAGGGAACUGCAAGGAGGUGGCCAUUCCCUCAUCCCUGUCCCUGAGAAUCUUAUUGACUUGAUAUGGACUGAUCAGCCACCUCGCCCUGCCAAGUGUGUUGUUCCCCUUGAGCUCAAGUACACUGGACUCAGUAUUGAUGAAAAACUUGCAAGUGUUAGACAAGAACUUGAUGAAGAAAAUGCCUUCAUGCUCAUCAUCACUGCUCUGGAUGAAAUUGCCUAUCUGCUCAAUUUAAGGGGUUCUGAUAUUGAGUACAACCCAGUAUUCUUCUCAUAUGCUGCUGUAACACAAGAGGAAGCUGUUCUUUUCAUCAAUAAAUCACAGUUAACAGGAGCUGCAUUGGAAGCCCUCAACACGAAGGAUGGCAAGGUCACUGUAAGACCAUAUGAGGAUCUUGCAAAGUUCAUCAGUGAGCAGAUGGCUCUCCACUUUGGCAAAGUAUGGGUUUCCAAUCAUUCUUCCCAAGCCAUUAUGCAGCUUGUGCCCAAAGAUAAAAGAUUGUCUAAGCUGUCACCAAUAGCCACCAUGAAGGCCAUCAAAAACCCUACUGAAAUACAAGGUAUGGAGGCCUGCCAUGUGCGUGAUGCUGCUGCCCUGUGCCGUUACUUUUCAUGGCUUGAGAAGGAGGCAGCCAAAGGAACUCAGACAGAGAUUUCAGGUGCUGACCAGCUCCAGAAGUACAGAGAAGCACAAGAGGACUUUGUUGGGCUAAGUUUCACAACCAUAUCAUCAGUGGGUCCCAAUGGUGCCAUCAUCCACUACAAACCUUCCCUAGAGACAGAUGCCAGGAUCACGACUGAUGAUGUGUAUCUCUGCGACUCAGGAGGACAGUACAAAGAUGGCACUACAGAUGUGACUCGCACAUUCCACUUUGGAACUCCCUCAAAAUUUGUACAAGAGUGCUUCACCAGGGUUUUGAAAGGGGUAAUAAGCAUGGCAACCUGCAUCUUCCCUUCAAAGAUUAAGGGCAACUGUUUGGAUUCCUUUGCCCGAAAAGCCUUGUGGGAUGUUGGUCUGGAUUAUGGACAUGGAACUGGUCAUGGCAUUGGAAUGUACUUGAAUGUCCACGAGGGUCCUAUGGGAGUAUCCUGGCGCUCCUUCCCUGACGACCCUGGCCUACAGGAGGGCAUGUUUCUUUCAGAUGAACCUGGGUACUAUGAGGAUGAGAAGUUUGGCAUUCGCAUUGAAAAUAUUGUAAGGAUUGUUAAAGCAGAAACUAAGCAUAACUUCCGAGACCGCGGGUUCCUAACCUUCAAGACAGUGACUUUGGUGCCCAUCCAAACCAAACUCAUUGACCCAACUCUUCUAACAGAAAAAGAAUUGGAGUGGCUGAAUAACUAUCAUGCAGAAUGCAGAGAGAAGGUGGGAGAAUUGUUGCUGCAGCAAGGACACAAGGAAGCAUACAACUGGUUGCUCAGGGAAACAGAACCCAUGGGCUAGUAAAGCUCAGUCUUCUGGAUGCAAGAAUGGAAAUUUAGAUGUAUGUUGAGUGUGUAGGUUUUAAAACUUAUUUCUAAUGAUAAUGUUUUCAGAGAUCCAGCCAAAUCCUUGAAUUUUGGCAUGUAAUCUUUUUUACAUGAAAUUUUAAAGUAUAGUCUAAGACUAAAAUAAUA